UUUAUUUUAUUGAUAGAAGGGUUUUAUUAUUGCUCUUUCCUUUUCCUUAUUUCAUACAUAUCUAUUUAAAUGGGACAAUUUACUAGUAAAAAGAAUUUAAAAAAGAGAAAGUUUUUUAAUUCUACUGUACUUGGUUAUACAUCAAAUUACGAUAAUAAUAGAAUCAGUCAAUAUCAUAGAAAGGAUUCUGGUUUCUUACUGUUGAAUAACAAAGAUCAAAAGCAUCUAAUAGAAGAACCAGAGACUAUCUUUACUUUCAAUGAUUUAUUAGACACACAUCUUUUAUAUAACAUACAGGACAUUAAUCUUUCAAGAAUGAAGUUCAAAUCAUUAACUUCGAAUAUUGGUUUAUUAACGAUGAUUACCAAGUUAAACCUGUAAGUAAACUACGAGUGUAUGUGUAUGUGCAUGUAGAUGUAUAUAUGUACACUUGUAUACAUGUACACUUGUAUACUUACUUGUAUUCUCACUUACUUAUCAGUCAUUUAUCUACUUCUUUAUUA